UACUUUCACUUUUAAACUUCCGCUUUUGCCACAUCACAAUGGAGGCUAUCUUUAAUAUUCCAUUUCACGUGUUAGAGGUUCCAAAUCUUAAGUUAAAGAGGCCAGGAUGGGUGAAACAACCUUCUGCAAUGUUUAUGUUUUCUAUGGUUCUGUUUUCCUAUUUCUUGGUUACUGGAGGAAUCAUAUAUGAUGUGAUAGUGGAGCCUCCAAGUAUUGGAUCUACCACAGACGAAAAAGGAAAUUCCAAACCAGUAGCGUUCAUGCCUUACAGAGUGAAUGGCCAAUACAUAAUGGAAGGAUUGGCCUCCAGUUUUCUUUUUACAAUAGGCGGUCUUGGAUUUAUCAUAUUGGACAGAACUAAUCAUUCGAUGCCUCGUCUGAACCGAAUCCUGCUUCUGUGUGUUGGAUUUAUUUCUAUUUUAAUCUCCUUCUUUAUGUGCCGAGUGUUCAUGAGGAUGAAAUUACCGGGAUACUUAAUGGCGUAGAGAGAUAUGUCACCUGUCAUUGUGAUUAGUUGCAAUUCACAAAAACAUUAAAAGCUAUCGAAUAUUUUUCUAAA